UUUAAAGUGACUGGUGGCGCUAAAAUAUGGGAAAGCGAUCUUUCUGUCACAGUCGCAAGCGUAAAGCAAAACGCAUAUUACGUAAUGUUUAAAGGGGCGUUACAUUCCCUUGGUUGCACAUACAAACCAGUUUUAGAGGCAGCCAGAUCGAAGCAGAUUGUCAGAACAUGGCAGCAGUGAAAGCAUGCAAUAUCUUGAUCACCGGAGCCAACCGGGGCUUGGGCUUAGAAACUGUUAAACAACUCACAGAGGACUCUUGUCCAAAACGUCGUAUUUUUGCUACCUGCCGGGACCCAGAUGGGCCAAAGUCUGAGGCAUUAAGAGAACUGGCAAAACAGCAUCCGAGUGUGAUCACCAUCAUAUGUCUUGAUGCUGAUGAUCCAUCCAGUGUCAAAGAGUCUGCAAAGAAAGUGGGAUCUCUUCUGGGAAACAGUGGUUUGAACCUGCUUGUGAAUAAUGCUGGAAUCGUGGCAAAGGGCACCAUUCAGACCAGCAGUGUUGAAGACAUGAAAAACACCUUCAACACCAACGUGAUAGGACCCUUAUUAGUCAUUAAGGAGUACUUACCAUAUCUACAAGCAGCGGCCAAAGCCAGUGGGACACCAGGCAUGUCUUCUAAUAAAGCAGCUGUUAUCAAUAUCUCCACUAUGGGGGGAUCCAUCAGCAAAAUGCCUUCCUUAUACGCACAGUUUCCAGUGUUGCCUUAUUGUGUUAGUAAGGCAGGUUUAAACAUGCUGACUGUGUUAGCUGCUGAGGAGUUAAAGGCUGAUGAGAUCCUCUGCAUGGCCCUUCACCCAGGAUGGGUGAAAACUGAUAUGGGUGGGAAAAAAGCACCACUUGAACCAAAAGAAAGUGUGGAGGGGAUGCUGCGUGUCAUUGGCAGCCUCACUGAGAAGCAUCAUGGAGGAUUCCUGGACUACACUGGAGAAGCAAUUCCCUGGUAAACCAGAAGAACAAAAUCACUUCUAUACGAGAGGUCUUGAAAGGGCCUGUCCUGGUCUAAUCUGCCCUGUUUAUUCUAUUAAUCAUAAAAUGGCAUACUUAACCCUUUUGCGCGUGAGUUUAAAGUAAUCUAGCUGAGCCCCCAGCAUGAGUUUCUUAGGCGACUGUUAUUUUAGAAUGUACCACCUUAUUGUUUCCAUGGCUUUUGUUUAGUUUUUCUUGUUUUAUACAAAAUAUUUACAAACAUACUAUAUUAUGAUUUUGUUAUUAUGAAAUAUUUGAUAUUCCGAUUCUGAAAUAUGUGCAAGUAAAUAUAUUUGGUAACUUAAACACUUUUAUAUCGACCAUGUUAGUUGAGCUAUACCGGGCGAUGAGCGCCCCCAUGUUAGUUCCCAGCAAACAUUUGGACGUUUAAUGACCGUUGAAAGACGUCCCUCCGACACGUCCCGUCAUGGUUGAAAAAUAGUUCCAAAAUGAAAGUUGAACGGACGUUUUUGACAUAAUCUGGCAG